AUGGAACACAGCCACAUCUUCCCUGUUUUCUCCCCAAAUGGGAGCACUUGGAGCACGGGGCAGCAUCCCACUGAGUUUGCCCAUGGAUGCCCUCUCGGACCACUGCCCGUCAUCUACUACAGCAUCCUGCUCUGCCUCGGCCUUCCGGCUAACAUCCUAACAGUGGUCAUCCUGUCCCAGCUGGUGCUGCGUCGUCAGAAGUCCUCCUACAACUAUCUCCUAGCUCUGGCAGCCGCCGACAUCCUGGUUCUGCUCCUCAUUUUUUUUGUCGACUUCAUAUUAGAGGACUAUUUGGGCACGGCUCUGCCUCCGUCACUAAACAACGCAGUACAGGUUCUGGAGUUCUCCUCCAUCCACACCUCCAUCUGGAUCACCGUGCUCUCACCAUUGACCGUUACAUCGCUUGUGUGCCACCCGCUUCGCUACCAUACAGUCUCCUUCCCGGCCCGCACACGAAGGGUGAUAUUUGCUGUGUAUAUUGGGUGCCUGAUCUCUGCAGCUCCUUAUUACUGGUGGCCCGAGCUGGGAGGGCAACAGGAGAACGUGGCCCAGCAUGUCCUGGUGUGGGCCCGCGCCACCGUCUACAUCCUCCCCUGCACUGUCUUCUUCUCCCUCAACGCCGUCAUCGUCCGUAAGCUGCGCAGACGCCGCAGCUGCUUCCGUCUGCGCGGCUACUCGACUGGCAAGACCACCGCCAUUCUCCUCGCCAUCACCUCCAUUUUCGCCGUUUUGUGGGCGCCACGCACCCUCAUGAUCCUCUACCACUUCUACUCCCCUCCUCCAGUCUCACAAGCCGCCGGCCGACUGCUCCACGUGCUCACUGAUCUGGCGAACAUGCUAGCGUUGCUCAACACGGGGGUCAACUUCUUCCUCUACUGCUUCAUCAGCAAGCGCUUCCGAGGCAUGGCGGCCAACGUCCUGCGAGCCCUGCUCCACUGCCGGAAGCAGCCCCCGCCGUUCUAUGCCAGCCACAACUUUUCCAUCACAAGCAGCCCUUGGAUCUCACCAGCCAACUCCCACUGCAUCAAGAUGUUGGUGUACCAGUAUGACAAAAAUGGGAAACCCAUCUGUAUUUCCUCUUGA